AUGUCUGAGAAACGUCUGCUGGUUAAUGAAUUGCACGCUCCGGCGAGAACAAAUUUUCCGCGAAGACACUUCAUAGUACACGGAUACGAGGACCUGUGGCAGGCGGAUGUGAUCGAAAUGUGUCCUUAUAUGCGAUUCAACAGGGCCAAGAACGGGAACGAGGUGAUGAAGGCGAUCGCAAAGAUAAUUCCAGACGAUGGAACAUGUCUGAAAAAUUUGCAUACUGACAAAGAAAAGGAAUUUUACAACUCGGAUGUGCAAAAACUCUUGAAGAAGCACAGUAUCAACCAUUAUUCCGUAAUGAAGGCCUCGAUCGUCGAACGGUUCAAGAAGAACGACAUGUGGGAAUAA